UUCGAACACCUCCCCCAAGGUCGCGCCCGCCGUUCCCCCCUCCAUCCAGAAGCUCGCAGACGCCAAUGAACAGACGUGGCUCGUUAUAGGCAGCGUGGCCGAACAAAUGGGCGAUCUCGAACAUGCGCUCUCUGCCUAUGAGAACGCUCUGCGGCACAACCCCAUGUCAAUCCCUGGACUCACCCAGGUAGCAGGGAUCGCCAGAAUUAAGGAGAACUAUCCAAUGGCGGUCGAGUACUUCCAACGCGUUCUCAAUCUUCAAUCCGAUAACGGCGAAAUCUGGAGUGCUCUCGGGCACUGCUAUCUCAUGCAAGACGACCUGCAGAAGGCAUACUCGGCCUAUCAGCAGGCUCUCUAUUCUCUUCCAAACCCUAAGGAGAACCCAAAGCUGUGGUACGGCAUCGGCAUCCUCUACGACCGUUAUGGCUCGUUAGACAACGCCGAGGAGGCAUUCGCCUCCGUUCUCAAGAUGGACAAAGUCCUUACAGACUUUGACAAAUCCAACGAGGUUCUUUUCCGCCUGGGCAUAAUCUAUAAGCAACAGACCAAGUACGAAGACAGCUUGCGCUGCUUCGAUCGUAUCCUUCGCAACCCUCCCAGCCCAUUGGCCCAUGCCGACAUCUGGUUCCAGAUCGGCCACGUCUACGAGCAGCAGGGUGACCAUCGACGUGCCAAAGAAUCUUACGAGCGUGUAGUCCAAGAAAACGACCAUCACGCGAAGGUUCUGCAGCAACUGGGUUGGCUAUACCAUCAAGACGGCCCUGAGUUCCAGAGUCAGGAAACUGCGAUCCAAUAUCUUACAAAGAGCUUAGAAGCGGAUCCCUCCGAUGCACAGAGUUGGUACCUGCUUGGCCGUGCGUACAUGGCUGGGCAAAAGUACAACAAAGCGUACGAGGCGUACCAGCAGGCUGUCUACAGGGAUGGCCGCAACCCUACGUUCUGGUGCUCCAUCGGCGUCCUGUACUUCCAGAUCAACCAGUUCCGCGACGCUCUCGAUGCCUACUCUCGUGCUAUUCGCAUCAACCCUUACAUCCCCGAAGUGUGGUUCGACCUCGGCAGUCUGUACGAGAGCUGCAACAACCAGAUUUCCGACGCCAUCGACGCUUACGCUCGUGCGGCCGAGCUAGAUCAGAACAACAGAGCCAUUACCGAGCGGCUUCAGAUGUUGAAGCAUUCGCAGGCAACGGGUGCUCAACUGCCAGCCGCACCGCCACCACAAGAUGUACAUCCUACAGCCUACGCUAGUGCUGUCGUUCCUCCACCUGGUCUCGCUGGCCCACCGCUUAUGCUUCAUGCUGGGGGUCCUCGACCAAUUUUCCGAGCUGAUUCGCGCGGCCCCGAUAGCAGCAUAUCGAUGCCGCCGCCCCCUCAGCUCGGUCCUGGGCGUACGUCCCCGGCUCCUUUCAGAGGCGGUCCUCCACCUCCCGUCGUCCUCGACGACUCUCGUCGGGGGCCUCUUCACACCCCGCUCGCGCCAAUGGACGUCGACCACAUUCCUCCGCAUGUACGUGAGUCGAACGGUGCUUACGCCCCUCCCCCAGUCGGACGCGAUGUCCACACAAGAGGGGGCCAGUUGAACAUGCUCCUUCAUCAUACGGGCCCCCAGGUCCACGAGCAAGAGCCUCGUGGCCCCGCUCCUCAUCAUGAUCCUUAUUAUGGCCGAACCUCUCGCCCGCCCUCCCAUCCUGCUUCGCCACCACCUCACGUACGGGCGCACUCUCCGGUUGCGUCACCCUACCAAGGCUACUCGCAUAAUGGAAGACUUCCUCCGGGCCCUGGUCAAUCCAGCUCUCACAGCCGUUCUCCUCACAUGUAUGGACGUGAAGUCAGCAACUCUCACCCCUCGGAACUUGGUUGGGAACGUCGUGACUGGGAGCGAGGUCGACGAGGUCCGCCGAGCAGCGAGUAUCCUGGUCACCCCGCUCAGCACACCCCCCAGCACACCCCCUACUAUCCUGCGCGUGCGCCCUCGCCUCCCCCUCGACGGGUCGCCAGCCCCCCACACAGCCGUGGGCGUGAACCGGUGGAGCCGCCUCAUAUUCCGCGUCCGUCUUCGAGGCAGCAGUAUUACGAAAUGCAGCGUAGUGGCGCCAUGGCGCCUCCUUCGCCGCCCAUCCCGGUGAGCCACGAAUCCAUUGGUGGUCAUCGUCCGUACGGUGAGCCCGCGGACCACGGUAGGAGUAUGGGUCGAGGCGGGCCUCCGCCUUUCGUGGGUAGUAGCGUUCGGGGGUCCGAGAGCCCUCACGUGUCGCAGCGUGGUUCGUCUGUUGCUCCAGAGUCGAAGCGUCGUGGUGGAAGGAAGGAGAAGGAGGUCGAGAUUCCUGCCGGUGGUCCUCCGCCUGCUCCUGAGCCGGUGAAGAAGGAGCGUAAGAAGCGAGCGUCGACGAAACGGACGAGGGAGGAUAGUGUGCGUGCGGAGACACCGAAGCCGUCGUAUGCCGCCAACGACCGUAUGCAGGGCUCUCAACUGCAGCCUUUCAAAGUCUCGUAUGCGUCUGCUAAACCGAACGACUCGCCGGAGCCUACGAGCUCAAACGGGUCGUCUUCCAACCAUCGUUCCGUCCAGCCUUCGCCGAUUAACCCUAUCUCCGUGUCACGAGUCGUAGACGAAGACUACGACGAGGGUGUCGCCGAUACUCUCCUCAACCUUUCGCGUGCUCCGGAGCAAGGGUACCAUGUCACCAUCAGCGGGCCUGCCGUCUCUGGUGCUGCGAAGAGGGUCUCGCCGACUCCGUCCAUGACGUCCCGCCACAGUCAUCGGGGUUCGAUCUCGUCGACGCGGUCUCAACACACUCCUCCCAGUGCCGGCUCGAAGAGGCCGCUCAGCCCUGCUUCGGACGAGACCGACAACAAGAGGACGAGGAUGGAGGCUCCUUCGUCGAUGAGGAGGGGUCCUUCGCCACCGCCUUCGUCGUCGAUGAGCCAUUCGUCCACCCGUCCGUCACCUGCUCCAUACAGGACCGGGCCCUCGUCUCGUUCGCCGGAGAACAGGCAGCUAGAUAAGUCGAAGCAGUCGUACCCCUCCAGUCCUCAGCUGCCCGCUGUGCUUCCGCCUCAUCCUCGUCCCAUCGGCGCGGGGCUCGCGCAUUCGUCGAGCGUCAACCUUCCUCCUAUCGCCACGCUCUCACCAGCAUCGUCAGCGCCCUCACCAGCGGAUGCUGAUAGGAUGCAGGUGGAUAGGGAGGGACGGAGGUCGCAUUCGAGGACGCCGCCGACUGCGUCGUCGGGGAGGGGUAAGUUCUCGGACGUGAUGAAUCCUUCGACGGGUCCUGGAUCGGCUUCGAGUUCGCAGAAUGUGUCGGUGAAAGGUCCCGGUUCGGCUGGUUCGGGGGGUGCGGACAAGUCUUCGUAGGAUAUGGUCGUCGUCGUUUUUGUUUUGUUUGUUGCGCUUUAUGAUGCGAUUUUAUGAAUCUUAUGCCCCCUUCAUUCUCUUGCUCUUGCCGUCUUGGUCUCGGCCCUGUUGCAUGCAUACAUCUCUUUCCCCGUCUGGUUCUGAAACAUCAAUACCGUUGUAUUUUUUUUUCGUCUCGUCCUCGUCGUGACUCGCUUAGUUCUUGCUGCUCGUGUCUCUUCUUUUCCUCCCUCUCCUGCAUCCGUACCCUUGUGGUGUUCCGUGUUCGUGUCUGUUGGUUCACCUCACGUUCUUUGUCCUGCCCCCUUGCAUACAUACAUACAUAUCAAUUGCUUGCUUGCUUUUUUAUGACGUCGAUGAGUUUCGUGCAGAAGUCGGAGUCGGUUCGAAGCGAAGGGUGUGGUCGUGUCGAAUGCUUUUUUGUGUAUGUUGGAGUAGGCUGUUUACUUACUUAUUCUGUUUCUCUUGCUCGAGUUGUGAAAUGUGAAAUGAGAGUUUGAAU